AGCCGGAAGUGUAUCUGGGCCGAGAUUCUCGUGUGCCGGAAGUUCCGGUUCGCGCGGGAGCCUCAGCGAUCGGAGAGAGAGAGAGAGCGGGGGAGGGAGGAUCCAGUCUGCAGGCACAGCCGGCACCCAGCGGCCCAUCCAUGGCGGACGGAACCGACCUCAUCGAUAUCUACGCCGAGGAGGAGUUUAUACAGGAAUCAGAAUUUGCUGCUGAGCAGGUAGACUUGUAUGAUGAUGUUUUGGCAGCAUCAAGUAAGCCGUCAUCAAUCAAUGAUGGGAACAAUCUCUUCAUGGAACCUCCAUCUCCUAUACAGUCAACAGCUUCCAAACUAAAACCUUCCAUCCUGUAUACGUACAACAAUCUGCGCAAGAUCGCAUCAAUAUAUGUUGGAAAUUUCACAUGGUGGACGACAGAUCAGCAGCUUCUCUCUGCGAUCCGCUCUGUUGGUGUGCGGGAUCCUGUGGAGCUGAAGUUUGCAGAGAACCGAGCUAACGGACAGUCUAAAGGGUAUGCAGAGGUGUUGGUUUCCUCAGAAACCUCAAUGAACCAACUGCUUGAAAAACUUCCUCAAAAGAAGCUGAAUGGGGAGAAGUUGGACGUGCGACCGGCCAAUCGGCAGAACCUAUCUUUUUUCGAGGCAUUAGCACGAAAGAAAAUCCCUCCACGUGCUAACUCCAAGGGCUCUGUGGAUUCCCUUGAUGGCACUGCAGCCCCUCCUGAACCUGGCAUACCCACACCACAAGCAGAGGCACCGAAAAGCAUACUGCCAUUCUAUGCCCGCCCUGCAUUCAUGGACAAUGCUUCCCGCAUUCCUGUUAUGACCCUUCAGCACCCCCCAAUGUCUAUUCCUCCUCCUUCAUCUCCCAGCUUGGCUGCUGCAUACCGGCCACCUCCAAUUCCCAUAAUGCAGUUUCCACACCUUAUGCCCCCUCCUCCUAGGCUUCCUCCUCCUCUAGGCAUGCCUCCCCCAAAUACACUGCCACCAGCACUUCAUUUAAAUCCCGCUUUCUUCCCCCCUCCUAACUCUGCCAUGGGCCCUCCUCCUGAUCCUUACAAGAUGAUGUCUAGUCCGUUCAUGCACAGUCGGGACUUGAAGGGUCCAAUCCCACAUGUGAGUGAAGCAGAAUUUGAAGAGUUAAUGAACAGAAAUCGAGCUAUUUCUAGGAGUGCUCUAUCUAAUGCAGUCUGUGGAGCAACUUCAGGUGAUUACUCAAACUCCAUAAAAACUCUUGAAACAGCCAUUGCUGUAAUUAAAGAGUCACGUGUGGCAAGUGAUGACCGCUGUCGGGUGCUGCUGGCCUCUCUCAGAGACUGUCUCCAUGGCAUUCAAGACAAAGCCAAUUCUAUCAGCAGGAAGCGGCACAGGUCCAGAGAUCGUUCACCCAGCCGUUCCCGGGAAGGCAGCAGCCGACGUCACAGAGACAACCAUGAUGAUCGCUCAGAAGAUUAUUACCAUGAGCGGCAUCGAGACAAGGACCGACAUCGCUGAGACAGGUCUACAGGAUGCACCAUAGAUGCUUUUUUUUUUUUUUAAUUUUUUUUUUUUUUUUUUAAUAUUCAAUGGACUAAUGUCAUUGUGACCUAGAAAAAAAUACCCAGACCCCCCCAGUGGAAUGAAGACUCCCCUUCCUUUAUCUUUGACCACUCUGUGAUUUUACUGCAUUUCAUGCUGGGACCAAUCUGUCUCCUUCAUAAAGCACAGAGCUGUCUCAUUAGCAUCUCAUCCAACAGCUUCUCCUGAAAAGACAAACACUUGCCAUUCUGCAAACCAGGACCAUGCCUUUGCCCCCACUUUGGAUUUGUUUAAACACAG